AUGCGGCGGCAAGGCCCAAAGAGCGAGAAUACAACACGUCGAAGCCAACCAACCAUCCGUCUCUCGGCGACUAGCGACUUUGCACGAUCGCAUGUAGCUAAUUGGUCACCACCAGUACCCAUAACGCCAGAGUCGGACGCACUACGAGGAUUCAAGAGUGAGUGGAACCGAAAAUCCGGGCAGCCUUCCUACGAUGGACGCGAAUCCGGAAAGAAGCUUCUGAUUGUGGAGUUACAAGAUUUCGAGAUUUACCGAGCGCCAACGAGUGAGAAGAGGGCAUACGAAUUGAUCAGUCUGCACUAUCUUGAGAUUCCCAUUGCUAAGAAAUUAUGUUUUGACGGCUUCGUAUGCUUGGGCGCAACCAAGCAUUUUGUGCACGCUGUACCUAUUCAGGACAGUUCUAUCGAGGGCUACGGGGACCAAGAGGAUCCCAACGUCACAACUUACAUACAAUCAACUCUCGCAGCAAAGGACACUGUGUAUGACAUCUGGUACAAACUCAACCAGGCCGCUCCGCGCUACAGAGAGUUCCAAAAAUCAUUCAUCUGGGUCGCGCAACUAGGAAAGCAUGUUAUCGACUACCUGGGGAGUCAGUCGGCGGGCAGUAUAGGACUUAACCACUUUCGCGAGGAUUUCUAUACUUAUAUCACGCAACAAUUUGCUCGGUGUCCAGACUUUGAAAGCUGGCAUAGUGCGUUCAGAUACCAGACUGACUUUCGCGUUGGCGUCAACGCAUAUAUCGAAUACUUCUACAAUCAGGCUUUUAAUCUCCCGAACUCAAGACAACUUCUAGCGCACCCACUCUGGAGCGAAUGCACGGCCAAAGAUUUGACAGCUAUCGAGCCCCAAGAGAAGGUCAUCGAGCAAACUAUCGCUACGCCUGAGGUAUUUAGUUGCUUUAAAGACAUGUAUUUCGGCGGGCAACUACGCAAGCAACGUCCGGUAGAAACUAUCGCCAUCGACCAGGAGCGUAGGAAGCGCAAACUCGGUUUCGCUAAACGUGGAUCGGCACAACAGACAACUCGACCAAACGUCUGUAGACCGUACGGGAACUCACUAGUGAAGGUGGGCGACAUCGUUGCACUGAGUCCAAACGAAACUGACUCCACGGUUUGGCGCAAUACGAACUGGGAUUGGCUUGCCUACGUUCAGGCUACGGAGCUUCUGAAAAACGGAGUUCAGAAGUUGUUUGUGCUAUGGAUCUAUCGACAUCAUGAGACCAACAUCUCCACAGCGAGGUAUCCUUAUGAGAACGAAGUCUUCCUGUCUGACAACUGCAAUUGUACCGAAGGGGAGCUGUUGUCUACUGACAUCAAGGGAAGGUACAACGUAGACUGGUCACCAACUACGAUUGAUACCAACCACUUCUUCAUCCGCCAGACGUACGUUACUCAGCCAAGCGCUUUCGUAACCGUCCAAUCCUCACAUAAGACUUGCACAUGCCUAAGACCCAAAAGCUCGCCAGAGGAGACUUAUUAUCGCGGCGACACAGUAUACAUGGCAAGAGCAUUGCACGGAACUCAAAUCCUGGAUCCAGUCGUUAUUCAGCGUAUCGAUCACGCCAAUCAGACGACCACGAUACGCAAGCUACUAAGACUAAAGCGUGACUGCGAGGAGCUAGCAAUGAAGGCUGGUCGAGUCGACCUCGCCCCAAAUGAGCUUGUGCUUACUGACGAAUAUGAGGUGGUGGCCUUAACUCGUAUCCAGAGGCGCUGCCACAUCAAGUUUGUUUCCAAGUCAGACAUUGUGAAUGACCGCAUACCAUUCACAUACAAUCGUGGCGGUGCUGGGGAUCUUUGGUUUCUAGCUAUGGGAAUGAUCACUAAGGGGCAGGAGAAGAGCCUCGUCUUCCUGCGCAGUCUGCCAAGCAGUUUCCACGAAGGCCCCGAUAUGACCUCCUCUCAGCCCUUGCGAGGCAUGAGUUUAUUUAGUGGCGGAGGUUCUCUUGAUCGAGGUCUCGAAGAAGGCGGUGCAGUCGUCUUCAAAUUUGCCGUUGACUCUAGCGAGCAUGCUAUCCACACUCUGCGAGCGAACUCAAAGAACCCAGAGGCGAUGUGUCUGUUUUGUGGUUAUGUUGACGAUCACUUCAACGCAGCUCUGAAUGGCAGCAGACCAAAGCUCGUCCCCCGAGUUGGACACGUUGAUCUCAUCGCUGCCGGAACCCCAUGUCCUGGUUUCUCAACCAUGCAGCGAAAUUUUCUUAGUGAGCCGUCACUGGAAAACGCGUCGCACAUCACCACAUUUUGUUCGUACGUCGAUCUGUAUCGACCCUUGUACGGUGUUCUUGAGAACGUGGUCAAUAUGUCGUCAACACGUGUGGGGUACGAGAAUCAAAACGUAUUAUCGCAGGUGGUUGCUUGCCUCGUUUCAAUAGGCUACCAGUGCAACCAGUACAUCAUGGAUGCAUGGAGUUACGGUAGCGCGCAACAACGCUCGCGCUUGAUUCUUACUAUAGCAGCCCCAGGCCUCGAACCGAUAGCGCAACCGUGGCACACACAUUCACGACUAUUUGAGGAUACUGCUGGGAAAAGCCUCGGUCGUCUACCCAAUGGAGAGCGAUAUGGGCAACGAGAGUACUAUCCCACGCCCUUUGCGCACAUACCUGCAUCGACUGUAAGUAAUGGGUUGCCUGAUAUUGGAACAGGCGUAAUCCAGACCUGCAUUCCGUUUCCCGAUCAUAGAGUGCCAGGACUACCCACACGCAAACAACGAGCACUUAUUAAAUGUAUUCCGAGACAACCACCGGGCUGUGGUUACAGAGAAGCUGAUCAACGCGGCCUCAUUCCGACGCUUCUAAGGGAUACAAGGCCCGAUGCUGGAAGGGCUUACAGGAGGAUCAAAGCGAAGGGUCUGGUACCAUGCAUUACGACGGGUCUUGCUAGCCAAAACUCUCACAACGGCGCAGUAUUACAUUGGGACCAACAUCGGUCAAUCAGUGUAUUAGAAGCUCGUCGUACGCAAGGUUAUAUGGAUCAAGAGCCGAUUAUCGGCAGUCUCAUCAAGCAGUAUGAGAUCGUUGGAAAUGGGGUGGACCGUAAGGUUGCUUUUGCAAUAGGAUUAGCUUUACUUCAAGCUGUUCGGGAAAACGACUCAGGAUUUACAGCGAACGGGACGACACAAAGCUCCACGGAGAUAAUCGGUUUUCCCAGCGACACCGCGCUCAAGUCAGAUCAGGAGGUAGUCAUGAUGCCCAGAAAGUCGCGAACCGUCCAGACCAUGCAUGAUGAUAGGAGCAGUUCGACACCGUCCAAAAAAGAUGCAAAACUACCAGAUGGACCCGCACAUAAUUUUAUACAGGCCCCUACGCUCUCACAGCCUAGUGGCUACGAUCCACAGAGCACUGGCCUCUUUUACCGUCUUUCCAAAAGCCUGACUUCCAGCAUCGGUAGGCUAUCGUUGUCAACCAUGGUAUCUUCCGGACCAGCUAUGAUACCAACUUCCAUGAAGCGCAAUCGAGAAGAUGGCAUAGAAGACAGCACCAUGGAAAGCGAGAGCCAUCUGUCCGAGGAGCGACCCCGGAAACAGCCACGUGUUAGAGAAAGACCAUCGAUAGACAAUACCACUGCUAGUGAAGCAGAGAAUAGUAGUAGAAAUUCUGUAUUCUCACAUCGGCAUAGCAGAGGAAGUUCGACUAGCUCAUCAAAAACUCGCCAAACUCGUCAUUCAGGAUUGUCCGUGGAAUUCGUCCCAAAGAACUGGAACAGGAAACCCGAGUCAGAAAAGCAUAAGAGGGUAGAUGGAAGAGUCUGA